UCGCAAUGUUUUGACAUUUGCGUCAAGCAUCAAGUUCUGUCAAUCAACGGCUCUUGCUGUAUAAAACAAAGAGUUCGUCGUCGUACAGGAGAUCUCAACAGUUCAUACAUUGUUAAUAAUUAUUAGAAGUAUAAACUGUGACAUUUUGACAUUCAUAGAGUUUAUUUAGAGUUAUAGGUAACCUCAAAGUAGUUCAUAAAUGAGUAACAAGACAGGCGGCGGAGGUGAUGUGGAUCCGGUCCAAGAAGAGCUUGCUGGUCGUGUUCGAGAGGUUGGAAAUCAAGCAAUAUGGAGUUUGUCUUCCUGCAAACCAGGAUUCGGCGUGGAUCAACUAAGAGACGAUAUAACAGAGACGUACUGGCAGUCAGAUGGCCAGUUACCUCACCUUGUAAAUAUCCAGUUCAGACGGAAAACAACUAUUAGAGAUAUUUGUAUUUACACAGACUACAAAUUAGAUGAAAGCUAUACACCAAGCAGAAUAAGCGUCAGAGCUGGAACAAACUUCAAUGAUCUUCAGGAAGUCGAAGUGAUGGAUUUGAACGAGCCUAGCGGCUGGGUAGUGAUUCCCAUCAAAGAUAUCAAUGAGAGACCAAUUAGAACCUUCAUGAUACAAAUUGCUGUAAUAACAAAUCACCAAAAUGGUAGAGAUACUCAUAUGAGGCAAAUAAAAGUACACAGUCCAGCUCAAGACAUAUUAGGGCCACCAGCACCACAUAUACCAGGUCAGUUUUCAACAAAUGAAUUUCAAAGGUACGCAACUAUCAGAUAAAUUUUUAAAUAAGAUGCUUGUAGCAACAAGCUUGCUUGUACCUUUUGAUAAAAUACAUGAAGUUUGAUUAACAA